AUCAUUACACAGUGGUAUCGUGGGGUCAGCUCGCCAUGACUUAAACAGUUAUCUUAGAUUGCAUUGUCCUAUAAGCAUGUGCGACCUCAAAAACCUUUGUACACAUUUUUGUAAAAUACUCAUCGGAACGAGAACCUGAAUGCUAUUUCGUCCAAAUUCACGCCUAACCCCAACAUUCAACAUUAACAAACAAGACUCUGUCUCAAACAUUAUAAAAAUAACGCGCUCUGUUCUAUUCUGUUCUUUUAAUUCGAAAUCACCGUCACACAGAAACGACGUCGUCGAAGAGAAAAGCGUGUAAAAUGAAGAGCGAGAAGAAGUCAUUGUUACAAGAUCUAAUUGAGAUUUCAGGAGGUUCUAUUGUUACUGAUGGAGGAUUUGCUACACAGCUUGAAACUCAUGGUGCUUCUAUCAACGAUCCUCUUUGGAGUGCUAUUUGUUUGAUCAAAGAGCCACAUCUUAUCAAGCAGGUUCACUUGGAAUAUUUGGAGGCUGGCGCAGAUAUAUUGGUCACUUCAUCUUACCAGGCUACACUUCCUGGAUUUUUGUCCAAGGGGCUGACUAUUGAAGAGGGGGAAUCACUAUUACAGAGGAGUGUCAAGUUGGCGGUUGAAGCUCGUGACAGUUUCUGGACAUCGGCUAAAAGAAAUCCUAGAAAUGUAUAUAGAAGAGCUUUGGUUGCAGCCUCCAUUGGAAGCUAUGGGGCUUAUCUUGCUGAUGGCUCAGAGUACAGGGGACUCUAUGGACCAGAUGUGAAUUUGGAGAAGUUGAAGGAUUUUCAUCGCCGCAGGUUGCAAAUUCUUGCUGAAGCUGGUCCAGAUUUGCUUGCUUUUGAGACCAUUCCAAACAAACUUGAAGCUCAGGCUUGUGUUGAAUUGCUUGAAGAAGAAAAUGUACAAAUCCCAUCUUGGAUCUGUUUUACGUCUGUAGAUGGUGAAAAUGCUCCCUCAGGGGAGAGUUUCCAAGAGUGUCUUGAAGUAAUAAAUAAGAGUAACAAAGUAGAGGCAGUUGGUAUAAACUGUGCCCCUCCGCAUUUUAUGGAAAGUCUCAUUUGCAAAUUUAAUCAGUUGACAAAGAAGGCGAUUAUUGUCUAUCCCAAUAGCGGGGAAAUAUGGGAUGGAAUUGCAAAAAAAUGGCUACCAUCAAAGUGUUUUCACGAUGAUGAUUUUGGAUUUCAUGCAACAAGAUGGCGUGAUUUAGGAGCUAAAAUAAUAGGUGGCUGUUGCCGGACUACACCUUCCACCAUUCAAAUUAUUUCAAAUGCCUUAAGAGAGAAUUUUUAAUUGUGCUUAUUGAUGUAACUUUUGUUUUCAAACUGCUGAGAUAUUUUCUAGGCAUUUUCCAUAAUUUGAAGUUUUACAUUUUAGUUGCUUUAAGCUUAUUCAUUCAAAUUGAAAGCUAGUAUUUUUCUGCAAGAGUACAUACUAAUACACUAUACUGAAGUCAGUAUGAUUCUUGAUUCGUA